GACCCCAGAACGAGCACCACCAACGCCAGUAGACCGAACGCGAACGCCCGCACCACCACAUCCAAUACCAAUGCCGACACCAAUGCCAAUAUCGCUGUUGCUAUUCCUAACCGGAACCACGCGGCGGCGGCGACGGGGAAGGUGAGGGGCCGACCUCCUACGGGCGUGAUAAAAGCACAUUACAACGAUCGACAGAAGCGGCUGGCGGCGGCGAUCGGUGUCCCUACGGAAGAGCAGAAGCGGGCGGAGGUGGCUGCGAAGCGGGGUCGGGCGGUUCCUGCUGCUGGCGCUGGUGCAGGUGCGGGUGCGAGCGCGGGUGGGGCGGCUGCUGGUUCCUCAUCUGGAGCCCGUACUCGUCAAGAACCUGUCCGUCGUCAACCCCCGAGUACCACAAACUUGAAUAAUUUCGACGACGACGACAUGGACAUUGACAUGGCGCUGGAGUGGGAAGAGCAGAUGGACCGAGGCGCAGCUCGGGGUACUGCCAACACGCGGGCCGCGGGCGGAGCGGACGACAACUCGUCCGACUACUUCGACGUUGACGACGACAUGGACGCAGACGACUUUGCCGUGCUCGACGAGAUUGAACAGCAAGGCGCAUCGGGUACGGCAGCAGCAGCAGCAGCAGCAGCAGCAGCAGCAGCAGCUCAGGUCGGUUCUGCAAACAGUCGGGCAGGCGGGACGGGCGACAGGCGGAGCUCGGGCACGCUGAGUUCCGCCGACGAUGUGAUUUUCAUCGAGUCUGACAGUGAGGAAGGAGGGGGAGCAGUGGGGAGCAGGGCGAACGCGAACGCGAACGCGCACGCGCACGCAGCGAGGAAACGGAGGCUAGGGCCGAUGCGUAGCGUGAUCGAUAUUUCUGAUAGUGAUUAGAUGGGUUCUGUACAACAUUGGGAUCGUGUAAGUGGGUUUGAAUUUUAC